AUGGUCUAUCCUAUGCCCCUGAUCAGCGAUCUGCUAGAAGAUCUUGAUAAAGCACUAUGGUACUGUUUGCUGGAUAUGGCCAGCGGCUUCUGGGUCGUGCCCAUGACGGAUCGGGCUCGCGAGAUCUCAGCUUUUAUCGCCCCGUUUGGAUUAUUCGAAUGGAGCCGCAUGCCAUUUGGUCUAAAGAAUGCCCUGCAGAUUUAUCAACGCCUCGUAGACAACGCGCUGUAUGGAAUUUUGAAGAUCUCGCGAUCCGGCGACACUGGGGCUACAACGGACGUGUUCCAGACAGGCAUCGCGGACGAUCCUGAUCGUGAGUCAGUGCUGGGACGGAGAUCAUACAUCGACGAUAUCAUGAUCGCUGCGGAAUCGUGGGAUCAAAUGUGCCGAAGAGUGGAAGAUCUGUUGGAAGCUUGUGAUAAGUGGAAUUUGUCGAUCAGUGUAGCCAAGAGCUUUUGGGGCAUGGAUAAGGUAGGAUAUCUGGGACACCGAGUGUCGAUCGGAGGUUUGGAGGCGAGCCCGAAAGACCUGAAAUCGUUGACCGAUCUGCCGUUCCCCGGAUCACUGCGAUCUAUGCAGUCAUUCCUGGGCAGUCUGAAUUACUACAGCCGAUACAUCGAAGAUUACGCUAUGCCU